CGACUCUUUUUGCGAUCCGAUGAGCGCAGACGACAACAAACUUGGCGGGGUCAAGGGUGGUGCGUCCGUGAACGUUGCCAAGCGCUUCCAGUUUCAGGGGGUCCCAAGUGCCUCCGUACAAAUGGUCCCUUCAACGCUGUCCUGGUUCGUCAUGCUAUCGAACGCCGAAUCGAUGAACCAUCGCCGCGAUGAGCCGAGGUACGUCGAACCUACCAACGUUUCAAAGGUGCAUGGACAGCGAGACGAAUGAACGAGCUUGGCAAUCUAUUGUUGGAAAGAAAGCCAAGCCGACGCACGUCAAGAAGCCGUCCAACUCUCAAACUCGUCGCGUCCACCACUUCGCUCACACGCACGACCAAAAGGAAAAUGGAAUUUUAGUUGGCGACAACUCUCAUACAGCCCACGAUGCGGUGUUCAUCGUCAGCAAUGGUCUUCCAGGGGCCGUCUGGGGAUCUGGUGAUCGCGAACACGACGUCUCCAUUUGGGUCGUUGUUAAACUCCUUGCGUCCAAGCCACCACCGUGGUGAAUUUUCAAACUCCAACUUGUUGGCGAAGGCGACAAACCAGUAAAGGGUCGACGAAUCCACGACAAUCGGUGACGUAGGGUACCAUGCCACAUCGACUAUCUCGUCGAAAUCGGUAAUGGGGACACGGCCAGGAAGGUCGGAUUUGGUGCAGUUCG